CACAUGCGAGUAAAUUCGGUUGUUAUUCUUUGGGCCCGUACUUUGUGCUCCGAUAUUUUGCUGACUUAUGCUUCACAUAUUAUUAUGUGAUGUAGAUAAGUGUAUACAUUUACUGUAAAUUAUUCUCUUCAUAAAGCAAAUACUUUUUCGUGAAGAUUGUCUGGAAUUCGGUUGCAUUGCUCAGAUUUGUAACUCUUCACUGCUUACUAAAAAAAAUGUCUGGGAAAUCUACUAACGGUAGCCGCACAUCCACUUCCUCACAAGAGCGAUCAAAAUACAGUGUCCCGGUUAGAGGAUUAUCGAGCAUUAGACAAGAACCAAAAAGAAAUCUGACCGCUUCGCUUGAGUCAUUAUCAUUAGGUGCUACUUAUUCCAGAUUGGCAGGUCACUCAACAUCAACUUCAAGAUCGAGUUCAACGGAACAGUUCAAAUUUCUUUCUGCUAACUACGAGAAAAUCCGAAUCAAAAGAAAUUAUGCGGAGAUUGAAGCUUCUCAGCCGACAUUAGAUUUUGUUUAUUCGACCCGAUACCUGUCCAAAGGGAGAAGUUUUGGCGUCGCGGUAACUAAAGUUGUGAGCGAACGUCAUUCCGAUUUCUCGUUUAUCAUUGGAUUUACAUCAUGUUCGUCAGCAUCGUUACACACCAACAAGAAGCAACACUUCACGGUGCCAUGUUCCCCGACCGGAUGUGGUGGACACUCUCAACAAUUGAAAAUUUUCAACGCCAAUAAAAUUGGAUCCAAAGUAACAGUCGAGCGUCAACUUGAUGGGGAAAUUUAUUUUGCCAUCGAUAAAUCGAUGCCGAUUCGCAUUCAAUUCAAUCGGAACUCUUGUGACAUUAAUAUGAUUGGUCAAGAGUUGCUAACACCGUACAUACAAUUGUCCGGUAAUGUUCUAGCUUUGACGGUAUCGACCAAUAUUCAGAAGUUAAAUAUUCGACGAACAAUGUUACUGGGAACUUCAAAGGCAUAUGGGCCACCAAUACACAAACAGACAUCGAUUGAAACUAAUGAGGCACAUAAGGCAUUCGUUGCUCCGUAUGACGUUGAUAAUAAAUUCAUCGUAUUGAAGUAUCCACAAAAUGAUGUCAAGGUGUCCGUUAAUCGACUGGCUGUUCUUCGCAAGAAUGAGUGUGGCGAACGAUUUGUAUUUUAUAUCGACAAGAUCCUCAAAUUAAAUGCCCGGAUAACGAUUCAAGUGACCAAAAUUUACGAUUCUGACAAAUACACCAGCGAUUUUGAGUUUGGCGUAAUGACUGUCCAAUCUAACUACAUGGAAAUGCUCGAAAACGAAUUGUUUACGGAUUCUCUCACCGAGACCGUACGAAAUGCUACACAUCGCUUCAAAAUGCAUCAUAAUUCGAAAGUGAAUGACAAGUAUACAUUUACGCGCACCGGUAACGAUGUGAUUGAAAUCAAGAAGAAUGACAUCGUCCACAAAAUGUGGAAAAUUGAGAGAAUCGCGCGGGUAAAGAACAUAUUGCCAUUUGUUAUACUCGACGGAACAGUCAGCGGUCUAAUGAUCGUCAAUAAUGAAACAACCAUGAAAUUUGCUCAAACGUACGAGUUGCCAGCAAUGGAUAUGAAAACGACAUCAAAUGUUAAGCUGACCAAUGAGACAUUACUAACAUGGAGUCCGAACAGUGUGGAUGGCGUUAUUGUUAACGCAAAGCCAUUCGACAACCUGCUGAGAUUCAUAAUACGUGAAGUUCGAACAUCCAUUAAUGGCAAGAGCCUGGCCUUCGGUCUAAUAAAUUCAACGAACAUUGGAUUUAAGACUCCGCUUGAAAUGGCGACAUGCCUUGAUUUUAAGCACGACGAUUUGAUUCCAUUACCAGCCGUGGGACUGAAGUUCAGUCUUUACAAAUCACCUUACGGUAAAGUUACUUUAAAAUGCGACAAUGGCCACAGUGAUCCGACAACAUUAUUCGCGGUGGAACCGACGCAUUGCUAUUAUCCGAUCAUAAUUCUAAACGGAUCUGUGGCGGCAAUUGAAUUACUUCCAAAUCACAAGACGACAAUUAAGCAGAUCGCUGGUGCGGCUACAUCUUGUCCGCAACCAUUUUCAGCAUCAACAGACGAUUGCAAGAUUUGUAUGGAUCGCACAAUCAAUUCAGCAUUUGUUCCGUGCGGUCAUCGCUUCGCGUGUCACGAUUGUGGCAAAGAAUGGAUGCGAAAUGUGAGUGCAAGCUGCCCAGUAUGUCGAAUGAAAAUUGAUAUUCUUUUGAAGACGUUUGAUUGAAAUCAAACUUUCGUAUCGUUGACUCUUUGCAGUAGGACAUCCUACUUCAACGUAUUGGCCGUUAUAAUAAAUCUUUAUAAUUUGUUACAUUAAAGACGGUAAAA